AUGUGCUUUGUCGAAAGACGCUUCGUGCCUUUAAGCUCUGGUGCCGAGGCGAAUGGCCUCUUGUUGCUCCUGUGUCUUGCGUCUCGCCUUGCUGCGGCGUGGUGGUUCUACUGCUUGGUUGCUUGCAUCUGCGCAUCUCACUUCUUCUCCUCGUUCUCAUCCCGCAGCGUAGCGGAGCUGGAACCCUGGCUCAUUCUCGCCUUCGCUUACUGGCCGGAGGUGGUCCUGACCUCGGUCAACGUCUGCCCCGCUGUUGGGAUCCCCGCUGGUCGUCACGUUGACAUCCCAGCCAACGGGUAG